AUGCAGUCGGUGAUCGGGGUCGUUCUUGCCACACUGACUGUCAUCCUGCGGGACGCCGCCGAGCGCAAUUGGGGCCGCGGACCUCUCGUGCCCGAGGCCCCUCCCGCGGUGGGAGAGCCGACGCCUGCCCCCGCCGCGAGGGUGGAGGUCUCCUGUACUGAGUCCUCUCUGAACAUCUGCUUGGUUGAGGACAUCAUACGACGGGCACGAUCCGAGAGCUGCGUGUGUGAGCUGAUCUGCGACUCGACGGAGCGGGACACUCGCCUCGUCUUCAUUGCGACCUUCUCGGUCUGUGCUGGGCAGUCCUGCAUCCUCGUGCUCUACUGUGGACGGAUUGUGACCAUCAGGUACCCUGGCGAGGACCUCUGGCAUGAGAGAGUUAUGAUGGGCCCUGGGCUGCGCGAUGAGGCGGGAGUCGUGACCAAGUGGUGGAUCCUGACGCCCGACGGGGACUUCUAUGAGGAAGACAUCUCCAUGAAGGCGGGCGAGGGCGAGAGGCCAGUGGGGCUCGACCUGGCUGGCUCCUGCCCUCGCGCGAUGCGCGGCAGGUUCUAUAGGUUCGCAGACGACGCCUAUCCGAGCGAUGACCGUGUCCGCCGCGAGGCCCAGCAGGCGGUGGCUAGGAUGCGGGCCGCUGGGCAGGAGCCUCCUACCUUGCUGCACUUCGUGACUGAGGACGGCGUCCUGGCCCCUCUUUCGGGUGUCGGGCGACGGCUCCGCCGAGGGGGCGCUGCUGGCGUGGGUGGCGGCGACGCGGUGGCGGUCGUCGUUGCCGACGGGGCCGCCACCCCCGAGCUGCCCCUGCCGCUUGGGGCGGCGCCACCUGGCGGUGAAGCCAAGCCCGUCGCGGGCGAGGCCGUGGCGCCCUACCUGGCUGUGCUGCCCGAGCGCCAAGCCCUCCGCGAGGGCUUGGUCUGGCUGGUGACCGAGAACGCCGAAGGCCACGAGACGCCGGGCAUGGAGGUCACCCCGCGCGCUGGCGACGUGAUCAUCACGACGACGGACGGCCUGGUCCACAGGCGCGGCAGUUUCCUCCGUGUCCAGGCGGUCCCGAGCUGCGACUGCGUGGAGUUCGCGAGAGCGCUGAGGGCACGGCAUGAGGGGGUCUCUGGCGCUGUGGGACCCGCCGCCCUGGCUGCUCCACGCGCUGCCGAGCAGGCCCCUUCGGACGAGGACGUCCGUACGUUGUGGGUUGACAAUGACGGAGUGGGGGAGAGGUACAAGAGCUGGAAGAAGGCGGUGCAGGAGAGCAGGGGGGAGCCCAUCUCCGCCGUGGAGGUGCAGGGCCCGCCAAGCACGCUUCCCCUCGCCCGCCAUGUCCGAGCGAUACGGGGGCGACCCGCGGCGCUGGUGGCAGGAGUUUGCGCCGACAGCAACAUUUUCAAGACGGACCGCGUCUACCAUGAGAUGGCCACGUUGCGGAGAUCGAGAGCACCCGGACGCGCCAACUGCGGCCUGCGGCAGAGGGCGCUGGCGCGGGAGGCGGCCAGGGCGCCGCCGACGGCGGACGAGGCCGCGGAGGCGGCGGUGAUGCGGGUCGGGGCGGGCGGGGCGGCAGAGUUGGAUGAGAGCCUGGCGCGCUUGGAGUCGCUCGCCGAGCUCCAGGUGCGCGAGGGGGCUCGGGAUUUCUACAAGCCGCCAGAAGUGGCCCUCCGGGAGUUGCUCUGUGAGAAGGCGUCUGGCUACAGGAUGGGCGCUUCUUCGACUACGCUCGCGCCGUACCAGCGUGGUCGGGUCUCUUUGCCCGAGAAGAGGACCAGCGCCCCGAAUGUCUCGGACUUAGUUGGGGACCGUGGCCGAUACUUUCUGGAGGGCGCAGGGGGGCGCAUGCUGGAUCCGACCUUCAGCAACAGUUUUGAUGACGACGCUGAGCGAUGCUAUGUGGAUCAGCAGUUCGCCAGCAGCCCCACGCUCUACGCCCGCUUCAUCCGUGACCUCAAGGAUGCUUGUCAUCGGAUGGGCAUCCCGACUUGGCUCUCUCGCUGGUUCGGUUUGCCCCCCGUCCGCGCUGCCGGUGUGGGGCUGACGGAUGCCCUGGAUGGCCCAGUCGGGCCCGACGAGAUGGUGACGCCUAUGCCUCGGCGUCUGCCCAUGGGCUUCUCGUGGAGCUUGUUCCCGGCGCAGGGCAUCGACGAGGGGGUGGCUAGCCAGGUGCUGAGCCGCGCCGAGCUGCUUCGCGAUCGGGGCCAGCCCCCGGCCCCCACGCUGCGGGGCGAGGCCGCUUCGGACACCAAGCACUACAUCUACGUCGACAACAUCGGGGUUUUCGGGUCAGACGGCAGCGUGGUUGCCUCGAAGCUGGAGGGCGUUUGCGCGGCCUUCGAGGCGAAGGGGCUCGCCGUGCACGAGGUGGCCACCUCCGACUCGGGCGUCGAGGCGCUGGGGGUGCUCCUCGACGGGCGGCGGCGCCACACGAGGCUGACGGCCAAGCGCUUCUGGCGCGUCAGGGGUGCCUCGUUGGCCUUGGCAGGGCGCCGUCGCGCCUCUGGGCGCCAGGUAGAGAUCGCCCUUGGGCAUGCCGCCUUCUGUAGGCUGGUGAGGCGCGAGACGUUGUCGGUGUUCGCGACGGUCUACCCGUUCAUCAGGCGGCGCUACGAUCAGCCCGCGCCCCUCUGGCCCUCCGUCGCCGACGAGCUGCGCGCCUUCGCGGGCCUGAUGGUUCUCCUGGUCUCCAGCUGGGAAUCGGACUGGGACCCCCUCGUCGCGGCCACCGACGCUUCGGAGACGGGCUACGGCAUCUGCACGCGCUGGCUCGCGGCCGAGGAUGUGGCCGCCGUGGGCCGUUGCCGAGAGCGCGACCGCUACCUUGCAGAGGGGCGCGUCGGAGCUCGCGCGGCGGCGCUCGGCGCCGAGCCGCCCCCCUGCGAGCCCCUCGGCGUAGAGGGCUGCUUGGGCCGCGCAGACCCCCAGUCUGAUCCGCACUUCGCCGAGGCCCCCAGCUGCAUGACCGACCCCGUCGCUUGGGCGGCGGUUGGCGGCUGGAAAUUCGAGCAGCCAGAGGACAUCAUGGCCCUGGAGGCGGAGGGCGAGUUGGGAGUCGCCGCUCUGGCCCGCAGCGCCUGCGAGCCUGGCCUUGCGGACUCCGAGGUGAGACUCAUCCUGGAACAGCUGAAGGGGUUGAUCAAGACCGAUCCGCGCUUCAAAGAAGCGUCGAGCUCGGACAACGAGGGCGAGGUCACGGCUGCCGUUCGACAGCGAACGCUUCCUCGCAGCAGGAAAGCCACGCUGACGAAGCUUCUGGCGUCCGAGGCGCUUCCAGAGCUCUCCCACUUGACGCUCGGAGAGCACGCAGCGGUGAGGCCUCGGACCGAGGCGCAGCAUGCCCAGGAGGUGCACCAGUGCAGCCUGUUAUGUGGCGUCGAGCGCGCGACGGAGAUCCCGAUCGAGAAUCUGGACGAUCUGCUGGUCCAGUACAUCGAUCACCAGAUCAAGUCGGGAGUGACGGCAGCCCGUGGCAUGGAGCCGUUGGCUGGAGUGGUCCACGCUCGGCCGCAAGCGGGGAAGCAGGGCCCACACACGUUGCAGCGCAGCUGGAGGGCGCUGAAGGGAUGGCAGAACCUGUGUCCCUCGACCUCCCGUCUGCCCGAAGCGUGGCCGAUCUGGUGCGCCACCGUGAACGGGCUGCGCGGCAUGGGGGGUUACGAGAUGGCCCUGUUCAUCUGUCUCGCGUGGAGCACCUACGCGCGCCCUAUCCAGCUGAUGGCGCUCAAGCCCGAGUGCUUGUGCGCCCCCGGCCGAGUCGCCACUUACUGGACCGUUCAGUUGAACCCAGAGGUCGACGGGGCUGCUGCUGUGCAGAAGGUCGCCCGCGACCUGGGCUUCAACCUGGUGGUGUACCAGGCCAGGCACAGUGGCGCCAGCACGGACAUGGCCUCGCGUCGGCGCACGCUGGCAGGGGUCAAACAGCGGGGCGGCUGGAAAUCAGACCGCUCGGUGGUGCGAUGCGAGAAGGGCGCAAGGUUGAGCUCGACGUGGAUGGCCCAUCCGAGCUGGCCACGGCAGCACGCAGCGCAGUGCGAGGAAGAGUUCGUGGAGAUCUUGGUGCACGGCCACGUGCUGCCAAAGCCCGCUUUGCACUCCCGAUAA